CGGCCAUGCGCAAAUGGAUCCAGAGGAGGAGAGGAGGGUUGUGCUGUGUAGGCUGCAUUCUACAUAAGAUCUCCGCCCGCGGGAGUGCACUGCACACACAGCUGGUUGGAGGUCACAGGCAGCGUGUGGCGCCUCGACCUGCAUCUAUAUCCUGUCUUCCAGAUGCACUGACUCUAUGAGUAAAACAUAAAUCUAAGAGAGUCUGACGGUUACUUUGGAAUUUCUCCAACAGUCCCUCCUCCUCAUAUGACUGACCAUCUCGGACCACGGAUGCAGAGAACAGCAGCAAUGUGGCGGCUCUGUUGUUAACUCGUUGGACCACCCUCUCUUUUUGCCGGUUCUAUCUGAAGGAGGCAGAAAAAAAUCAGGAUGAAGCUCAAACCGAACCAGACCAGGACGUACGAUUGCGAGGGCUUCAAGAAACGAGCAGCUUGUCUGUGCUUCAAGAAUGAGCGUGAAGAUGAGGUUCUGCUGGUCAGCAGCAGUCGGCUCCCGGACCAGUGGAUCGUCCCCGGAGGAGGCAUGGAGCCAGAGGAGGAGCCGUGUGGUGCCGCGGUGCGAGAAGUGUUUGAGGAGGCUGGUGUGAAGGGCAAGCUAGGACGUUUGCUUGGUGUAUUUGAGCAAAACCAAGAUCGGAAGCACCGGACGUACGUAUAUGUGUUGACUGUGACAGAGACCCUGGAGGCCUGGGAAGACUCUGUCAACAUCGGCCGUAAGCGGGAGUGGUUCACUGUUGAAGAGGCCAUCAAAGUGCUGCAGAGCCACAAACCUGUCCAUGCCGAGUAUUUGCGGAGGCUCCAGCUCAGCUGCUCCCCCACCAAUGGAAACUCCAUCCUCCCAAGCCCAUCAUCAAACGACAAUUACCCCCAUUACAGUGCUACUGCCACCGCACCCGCAACGGGCAGCGUGUUGGGCUCCUCCUGCAGAUAGGACUGCACCUAAAUAUUUAGUCCUGUCCAGCUAGGACAGGUCACAAAAAGUCUGUACAGUCUCGCAUGAAUCUAAUGACUUCUCAGAGUUAUGGCUCUGUUGUAAGUAUCAUUUCUAGUUCUAGCUGCAGGACAGACCAAAAGCUGGUAAAGCUCAUAUCUCAGACAGAAAAACUAUGGAUAUCAUUAACUCAACAAAACCUUUCUUCUCUCGGGAAACAACAGACUGAUGAGCUGAAGUUUGGGAAGAGGAAGCUGCAGACUCUGCUGGCGUGAAGGAAUGCCUUACAGAAACAUUAUAUGAAUGUUGUACUUGGGCCAUUUUAUUUCACUGAUGGUCUUUUUUUUUCUUUUAGAGGAAUGGACAUGCUUUUUAUAAAGCAUUUCCAUGUGGGGCACCUUUGCAGACCUAAAGAUCAUCAUCAGCCCAGGAUGACAAAUAGGAUGAAACUUUAAAAUGGCACCUGCACAUUGCUUUGUUUCAAGGAUAUCUCCUGUUGUGUUUUAAUGUGAAGCAGGAUUUUUAACACCAUUAUUAUCUUUGUCUAAAGAUUAGAUCAAUUGGUCUAAAAUGAUAAUUCCACUUUCCAACAUUGCUUUUCAGAUCAGUGAAUGGUGGUGUUAAAGUGACGGCAAAUAAAGUAUUUUGAACAGCUUGUAUGAACAUCUACAAGAACAAAAUGAAAUUAAAGUUGCCAUGUUAAAAACUCUGCAAGUUGCUACCUCAGUAAACUGGAUUUGAGUCAUGAUGCUGUUCAGUAUCCCCUGACACAACACUAAUGUGUUUUUAGUUAAACUUAAGCCUGUUCCUCCACAUUAAGCUGUUUUCAGAUAUCAAACCCAUUCAUUCCUGUGUUGCGUGGCGCAAGGAUGAGACCUUAUGCCAUGCCAAACUGAGCGCAGUGCAAGGUCUCACGUUCCAUCCCUGCACGCUGUCCUGAAGUAAAAAAAAAAACUUUAACUUGGGCACAGCUCUCUGUGAGGACGCCUCGAUGUAUCCAUUGAGGAGAACCUGACAGACCACAAAGAAAAUGGAGGAGAGGCUGAUUUUGGUGAACCCACACCCUUUUCUUCUUUGCUGUAGCUGGUCUUCUCCUCCUCAUCAAUACAACUAAAGCCAGAGAUUUUGCUGACAUCGUGCAUCCAAGUCCACUGCUGAAAAAAUUGGUUGAUACCUGCUAACCAUCUCGUGGAAAGCGUUUUGGUUGCCUAGCAACUGGUGCCCAACAUGUGUGCGCCUUCCCCUGCGGUGAGUGCAGCACAUACCGCAUCCUAUCUGAAAACAGCUUUACAAGUCAGCUAAUCUUGACUCGUCCAACAAAGUCACGUCUUUUUAAAGCCACAUACCAUUUUGUGAUUGCUUGCUGUUUCUCAUGUUGUCAAAAUGAAAGUAUUUAACGGUGCAAAGUGCAUCCUUGCCUUAGGUAUUAUGCACUGUCUUGAAGGUUCAGUUCUGAUUGUUAAAAAAUGGAUUGAAAUGUUAGUAUAAUUUUCUGUUAAUGAAAAUGAUACAGAUUGCCUGCUCUUUCUGUAAACUGCAGCAGGUUUAUUGUGUCUCAUGGUGCUGCAAAGCAGUUUGGAAAAUGUGAUUGUGUUGUCUGUUAAUG